GGCAUUGGUAGACAGGUUUACCUUACCAAUGCAUUAGUAUGCGUAGCCAGUAGUUGCAUUAACGAGAUAUUUAGGUUAACUUACGGGCACUUUAUGUAUUUGCCUUGAUUUGAAUAAUUAUUUACGAAAUUCGCUGAUAAUGGCACCUCCGCAAAAGCCCAAGGUGACUUUUAAGAUUACAUUAACAUCGGAUCCAAAAUUACCGUUCAAAGUGCUUAGCGUACCAGAAGAUACACCGUUUACAGCUGUACUGAAGUUUGCGGCUGAAGAAUUCAAAGUUACUCCAGCUACUUCUGCGAUAAUCACCAACGAUGGUGUUGGAAUUAAUCCACAACAAACUGCUGGUAAUAUUUUUCUGAAACAUGGCAUGGAGCUCAGGUUAAUACCAAGGGAUAGAGUCGGAAAAAGUAACCGAGGUCAAUUAUUAUAAUUAUCAUUCUUAUUAUUGUUAUUAUUAUUAUCAGUUUACUGAAAAAGAAAAAAAAAAUUAUAUAUGCACUUGAUCACAGAAUUCUUUAAUUCAAAGUUAUGUAUGUUUUUUUUUUAUAUAAUAUUAAAAUAUAAGUAAUACUAAAGAAAU